AUUUUAGCAAAUGAAUUAAUGACAACACAACUGAGACAUGACAGUGAAACAUCAGAUUUAACAUUUAAGCAAAACAAACAGGAAGAAAGGAAUAACAAACUCGGAAAAAAUAGAACAUGGGAUGAAAAUUGUAGCAGAAAGUACAUGUGCUAUUCUUAAAGAACACACGUCGUCCAAAGUGUAUGUUAGAACCACGGCAGUUGAUGCCACAAUCGAUACGCUAAAGAGACGCAGUAUCGCAAUAUUGACAGGAAAACAUGGUGUUGGGAAAAGUACAAUUGCAUAUCAAGUCCUGCUUGAGCCAAGCAGGGAAAUUGACACUGAAGAAGAAGGUGACCCUAUCAAUAAAACGAAACGAAAACCAUUGAUUAUAAACACGCCUGACCAAUGGCUGAGGGCUGUCAAUCCAAACAAUUGUUUAAUUGUCUAUUUACAAGAUUUUCUCGGAUCAACCAAUCUUGAUAAUGGGGCUGUUGAAUGUUGGAAGAGACAUUUGGAUGCCAUAUAUGCACCCGCAAAGAAUUGCGAUGUUCGUCUUAAUUGGAUUGCGGGAGAAUAUUUUGAUGGGAGCAGAGGAAAAAUUGUUUAAUCACAAGUUGUUUCAAGAAGAGUUUGAGAUAAAAAUUUCCACUAAUCUCACUAGGGAUGAGAAAAAGAAAAUGUUUGAAGCAUAUGAAGGGAAUUACUUCAUCGGAAUUAAACAAGUAAAUGAGAGCAAU